UAGUCAACAUCCAACAAAUUUGCACCUUAUUAUAUAGAGCACGUACUUGAUUUGUUUCAAAUUUAUACUAGUGAUUGAAAAAAAAAGAAUAUGAAGAAAAUCAAAGAAAAGCCUCAUGCACUGAUGUUUCCCUACCCUCUCCAAGGGCAUGUGAUUCCAUUUGUAAACCUAGCCAUCAAGCUUGCCUCAAAUGGCUUCACAAUCACCUUCAUCAACACCCACUCCAUCCACCAGCAAAUCUCCCGGUCGCGCGGCCUCGGCCCCGGCCAAGACAUCUUCCUCGAGUCCCGUGAAAAGGGGCUCGACAUUCGUUAUGCCACGGUCACGGACGGCUUCCCACUAGCGUUCGAUCGGUCCCUCCACCACGACCAGUUCUUCGAGGGGAUCUUGCACGUGUUCCCAGCACACGUGGAUGACCUAGUUGGUGGAAUGGUACUCAACGACCCAUCGAUCAACACGUUGAUCGUUGACACGUUCUACGUGUGGCCCUCUUCGAUUGCCCGGAAGUAUAAUCUUGUCAACGUGUCGUUCUUCACCGAGCCGGCACUUGUCCUCACCUCCUAUUACCAUGUCCAUCUCCUCAAGGAGAAUGGCCAUUUCGCUUCACUGACUGGAAAUCGGUCCGAUGGAAUUGAGUAUAUUCCGGGAGUAACAUCCAUAGCGACUACGGAUUUACCUUCGUAUCUUCAAGCAGAAGACGAUAUCAAUACGCCCGUGCAUCGGAUCCUCGACCGAUGCUUCAAAGACGCGAAGAAGGCCGAUUUCAUGCUAUGCAACACGGUCCAAGAGUUGGAACAAGACACAAUCUCCGCCCUGCAACAAAUCCAGCCAUUCCACGCGAUCGGGCCGGUUUUCGCACCAGAGUUCACCAAGAACCGGAUCUCGACCAGCCUCUGGGCCGAGGCGGACUGUGCCACGUGGCUCGACAGCAAGCCACGUGGCUCAGUUUUAUACAUCUCUUUCGGAAGCUAUGCUCACACUAGCAAACAUGUGAUUGAUGAGGUGGCAAAUGGCCUAUUGAUUAGUGGGGUCCACUUCAUAUGGGUGCUCCGCCCUGACAUAGUCAGCUCAGAGCACCCCGAGGUCCUGCCCGCCGGUUUCGAGCUUCGGGUCGAGGGCCGUGGGCUGAUCGUACAGUGGUGCGAUCAGCUUGAGGUUCUCUCUCACCCAAGCGUCGGGGGGUUUCUGACGCACUGUGGAUGGAACUCGAUUCUCGAGAGCAUAAAGUGCGGUGUCCCGUUGAUAUGUUAUCCCUUGUUGACUGACCAGUUCACUAAUAGGAAAUUGGUGGUGGAUGUUAUGAAGAUUGGGAUUAAUUUGUGUGACAACAAAUCAACACCGUUGAGGAAAGGUGUUGCUGAGAGAGUUGAUUAUUUGAUGAAGUCACAAGAGAUAAGGCAAAAAAUCAAAGAAGUUGGCAAAAUAUUAGUUGAUGCAAUGGGUGGUGAUGGCUCUUCAGUGGUUAAUUUCAAUCAAUUUGUGGAAGAUCUAACGGCCAAGAUUGCUUCAGUAAAGAGUGUUUGAUUAAGGACAAUUGAGGGGUCAAAUCCAAUUGUUUAGUUUAUGUCUAUCUUUUUUGGGUUUUGUAGUAUUAUAGUAUCUUGGAUGCUUGGGUCAAAUUGUUGGAAUCUCGAAUAUUGUAAAAUGAUAUUUUAUGUUUGUGUUUUACUCCAUAUUGGAAGCGGUUGAUGUGAAAGGGAAUAUUGUUUUUAAUUAA